AUGGGCCAAAAUGAAGGCAGUCCCUCUGUAAACUUGCUCUUAGCAGGACCUUUAAAGAGUCACCCAGCUCACUGUGCCAGAGGAUCAGAGCUGAGAAUCAUUCUGGUGGGCAAAACGGGAACUGGCAAAAGUGCGACAGGGAACAGCAUCCUCCAGAAGCCAGCAUUUGAGUCCAGGCUGAGUGCCCGGUCCUUGACGCAGACUUGCAGUGAGAGUCGGGGCAGCUGGGGAGACAGAGAGGUGGUGGUUAUUGACACACCAGAUAUGUUUUGCGGCAAGCACCUCUCUGACUCCCUGUACCAAGAGGUGCAGAGGUGCUACCUGCUCUCUGCCCCAGGCCCCCACGUGCUGCUCCUGGUGACACAACUGGGACGAUUCACCACGGAGGACCAGCAGGCUGUUCAGGGGGUGAAGGAGAUCUUCGGAGAGGGUGUCAUGAAGCACACAGUUAUUGUCUUCACCCGCAAGGAAGACCUCGAGGGAGGCUCCCUGAGGGAUUAUAUCCAAGGCUCAGACAACAGAGCCCUAAGCGAGCUGGUGGCAGCGUGUGGGGGGCGAGUGUGUGCCUUUGACAACCGUGCUACAGGGAGCAUCCGGGAUGACCAAGUGAAGGAGCUCAUGGAUUUGAUUGAGAGCCUGGGGACAGUGGAAAGGGGUGACCACUACACUAACAGGCUGUACAGCCUUCUAACACAGUCAGACUGUGGGCCUGUACACUCAGAGGAAAGACUGCAAGAUGUCAAAAGGAGCUUUGUAAAAUACAUGGAAAUUCAGAGACGUGGUACAAUCGUGGCCAAAGCGAACUGCCUGAGAAAAGCCCUAAUCCAAGCUGUGCUGUGUAUUGUAUGGUGUGCUCAGGUGUCUGCCGCAUUGCUCAUUCAGUUAUUUUGUGUAUGGCACAGGACGUGUGAUUUCUUUUGCCACUUACCCUUUAGUAUGUGCAGUUUAUUCUGUAGUUUACUGUUAGUCGUACCCAAAAAAUUAGUGAUGAUUUUUAGAAAGACCGGUAGACUGGAAUGCAAGACUCCUGUGUCAUAG